UUGAAAAUUUCCACCGGCCGCAGGACAUUGGUGCUGCUGUUUUGAUCGUUUCUGACUCGCUUGUGAUUCAUGUUUUGUUAGCCAUCUAGCAAGCAGAUGUCGAGUGGUUACACUUAUUUUCAGAUGAAUAUAUGUGCAUAAAACUGUUCAGACGCCACUCCUAGUAAGAGGGGAGGAUGGCACACCAACGCACCCCACCUGAGGUGUCCCAGACGACAGGGCACCAAGAUUCUGAUAAUGAGUCCGACAGGGACUCUGGUGUUGGGGAGGAUGCAGGAGAGGAUGCUGACAGUUGCCAUGGCAUGGCAACAGACGACAUUAAGAAGCAAGAUGGCAUGGAAGAAAACAAUGGAGAGGGAGAAGAUUUUACUGUCUUUGUUGCCUUCCAAGGAAAUAUGGAUGAUGAAGACUUUACUCAAAAACUUGACACUGUCCUCAGUGGGAUACCUGAUAUGCUUGAUAUGGGUUCUGAAAGGCUACUGCCUCAGCAUGUGGAGCCGUGGAACAGUGUGCGGGUUACCUUCAACAUUCCUCGGGAUGCUGCUGAGCGACUCAGGCUGUUGGCUCAGAACAACCAGCAGCAGCUUAGAGACCUGGGGAUUCUCUCUGUGCAGAUAGAAGGGGAAGGCGCUAUCAAUGUGGCUGUGGGACCAAACAGAGGACAAGAAGUCCGAGUAAAUGGACCAAUUGGGGCACCUGGCCAGAUGAGAAUGGACGUGGGCUUUCCAGGUCAACCUGGUUCAGGCGGGGUAAGGAUGGCUAAUCCAUCGAUGGUUCCCCCUGGCCCUGGAAUGGUAGGUCAGACUAUGAUACCAGGCAGCAGUGGACAGAUGCAUCCUCGUGUUCAGAGACCAUCUUCACAAGCAGAUGCGAUGGAUCCAAUGAUGCCAGGUAUGUCAGUUCAACAGCAACAACAGCUUCAGCACCAACAGGCUGGCCCACAUGGCUCAGGCCCCAUGCCUCCUCAAGCUGCCCAUCACAUGCAGGCUCUUCAGGCUGGGAGGCAGCUCAACCCUGCAGCACUGCAGCAGCUACAACAACAGCAUCACCAACAGCAACAGGCUCAGCAGCAAGCUCAGCUCUCUCAACUUGGACCUAGACCUUCAUUUAACCCGUCAGGCCAGAUGGCUGUGCCUCCUGGCUGGAAUCAGUUGUCUUCAGGUGUCCUCCAGCCACCAGCUGCCCAAGGAGGCCCUGCUUGGAGAAAGCCUCCGCCCCAAGCCCAAAUGGUUCCACGCCCACCCUCCCUUGCUACGGUUCAGACCCCUAAUCAUCCUCCACCCCCUUAUCCUUUUGGCAGCCAGCAGGCUGGGCAGGUAUUCAAUGCCAUGGGACAAGGACAAGGACAAUUACAGCAGCAGCAGACAGCAAUGGGUCAGUUUGCUGCCCCUCAGCCUAAAGGUCAGCAAACUGGCCCUGGUGGUGUCACAGGACCACCCAGACCCCCUCCACCGCUUCCACAAGCUUCUGGACCGCAGGGCAACCUUACUGCCAAGUCCCCUGGCUCGUCCUCGUCUCCCUUUCAGCAGAGUUCACCAGGAACACCUCCUAUGAUGGCUCAGAGACCUACAACACCACAGGGUUUUCCGCAAGGUGUUGGGUCACCAGGAAGAGCAGCCCUCGGCCAACAGGGUACCAUGCAACAAGGAUUCAUGGGAAUGCCCCAGCAUGGACAGCCUGGGGCCCAAGUCCAUCCAGGCAUGCAAAAGCGUCCUAUGGGGUUUCCAAACCCAAACUUUGUUCAAGGUCAGGUGAGUGCCAGCACUCCAGGAACCCCUGGUGGAGGAACCACUCAGCAGCUACAGAGCAGCCAAGCAAUGACUCACACAGGACCUCAGCCAUCAGCCUCCACACCCAACUCAAUGCAGGGACCGCCCCAUGCUCAACCUAAUGUUAUGGGUGUACAAAGUAGCAUGGCAGGUCCACCCCCUGGUACAACAGCUGGGCCUAGUAUGGGCCAGCAACAGGCUGGCCUCCAGACCCAGAUGAUGGGCCUCCAGCAUCAGGCCCAGCCUGUGUCCUCCUCCCCCAGCCAGAUGGUUCAAGGCCAGGGUGGUGGUCAGACUGUCCUCUCAAGGCCACUUAGUCAAGGGCAGAGAGGAGGGAUGACCCCACCCAAGCAGAUGAUGCCUCAACAAGGCCAGGGGGUGAUGCAUGGGCAGGGUCAGAUGGUUGGAGGCCAAGGGCACCAGGCCAUGCUCCUGCAGCAGCAGCAACAGCAGCAGCAGCAGCAGCAACAACAACAACAGCAACAACAAAACUCUAUGAUGGAACAAAUGGUUGCUAACCAGAUGCAAGGCAACAAGCAGGCAUUUGGAGGCAAGAUUCCAGCUGGGGUUAUGCCUGGCCAGAUGAUGCGAGGGCCUUCUCCUAAUGUCCCAGGGAACAUAGCCCAGUUCCAGGGCCAGGUUGGCCCACAGCAGAUGACCCCUCAACAGCAACAGCAAAUGGCUCAACUUCAGCAACAGCAGUUACAACAACAGCAGCACCAGCUGCAGCAGCAACAGUUACAACAGCAGCAGCAGCAGCAGCAGCAGCAGCAACAACAACAUCAACAAAUGAACCAGCAACAGCCCCAGCAAGUUCCUAUUGCUGGCAAUCCUAAUCAAGCUAUGGGCAUGCAUGGGCAACAGAUGAGACUCCCUGCUGGUCAUCCGCUUAUCCAGCAACAGUUGCAACAGCAGCAGUUACAGCAGCAACAAAAACAACAACAGGCCAUGUUGCAACAGCAACAACAACAGCAGGCAGCUCAGCAGCACCCACAUGCCUUGGCAGAUCCAAAUGGUGGUACAGGGGACUUGGGGGUCCAACAAAUGGUUCCUGAGAUGCAGGCACAGCAGCAACAAGGCAUGAUGGCAGGCCCCCAGCACAUGCAAAUGGGAAACGGGCACUUUGCAGGACAUGGCAUGAACUUUAACUCUCAGUUCCCGGGUCAGAUGCAAAUUGGGGCAUCCUGUGGACAGCCAGGCGGCUUUCCCGUCAGUAAGGAUGUUACGCUGACUAGCCCACUGCUAGUCAAUCUGCUGCAGAGUGAUAUCUCAGCCAGCCAGUUUGGACCAGGAGGAAAACAGGGAGCAGGUGGGGGAAAUGCAGCCAAGCCUAAAAAGAAAAAGCCAGCACGAAAGAAGAAGCCCAAAGAGGGGGAGGGACAACAACAAGUAGAAGGACUUGGUGGCCUUGAUGUGACUGCUGGCAUGGAGGAUUCUGAACUGCCAAAUCUAGGUGGUGAACAGAGUUUGGGCUUAGACAGCUCAGGCCAGAAACUCCCUGAUUUUGCUAACAGACCUGCAGUAAAUGGCUCUAAAUGCUUCAACAUAGGCUUUCCUGGCCAGCCUGGAGACCAGAGGGUAUUGCAGCAGGUACCCAUGCAAUUUAUGCAACAACAACAACAACAGCAGCAGCAGCAACAGCAGCAGCAGCAGCAGCAGCAGCAGCAACAACAGCAGCAGCAGCAGCAGCAGCAACAACAACAACAACAACAACAACAACAACAGCAGCAGCAGCAACAACAACAGUUGCAGCACAUGCAACAGCAACAGAUACAGCAGCAACAAAUGCAGCAUCAGCAGCAAAUACAACAACAAAUGCAACAGCAACAAAUACAACAACAACAGCAACAAUUACAACAACAGCAAUUGCAGCAGCAGCAGAUGCAACAGAUGCAGAUGCAGGGUCUCCAGAAUUCUCAAGCGCAGCAGGGGAUGGCGGGUCCACAGCCUGCAGGUCAAGGCCAGCCCCAGAUGCACCCUCAUCAGCUGCAACAGCAGCAGCAAACUCAACAACCACACCUGCAACAGCAGCAACAACAGCAGAUGAUGAUGAUGCUGAAGAUGCAGCAAGAGCAGGCAAAGAAUCGCAUGCCCAUCCCUCCAGGAGGACAGCUCCCUCCUCGGGGCAUGGGCAAUCAGUCAGAGGUGCAAAGACAUCCUGUUCCACAGCAAGGCAACAUGCCUGUAAUGAUAAGCCUUCAAGCACAUGGAGGAGUACCCCCAUCACCUGACAAAGCCAGAGGAAUGCCUCUGAUGGUGAACCCACAGAUUGCAGGACCUGCACGAAGAAUGUCUCAUCCUGAUGUGGGGCAGGGGCCCCAAGUCACUGGCUCUGAAGAGGGCCCUACAGGUGCCCACUCAAAGCAGGACAGGCCUGGUGGUCCAGAAAUAGGGGUGCAGCCUGGAAAUGGCACCCAGCAGAUUAUGGCCAGUCAGGGCUCCAACACUCACAUGUUGAAGCAAGGCCCUGGUCCAACACAAAUGCCCCAACACACUGGAGCCAGUCCUCAGCAACAGUUACCCACUCAGCCUCAACAAGGAGGCCCAAUGCCUGGUCUUCAUUUCCCUAAUGUCCCCACAACUUCACAGAGCUCCAGACCUAAAACCCCAAACAGAGCCAGUCCCAGACCAUACCACCAUCCUCUCACCCCAACUAAUCGCCCACCCAGUACUGAGCCCUCUGAAAUUAAUCUUUCACCUGAAAGACUAAAUGCCUCUAUUGCAGGGCUGUUUCCUCCAAAAAUCAACAUUCCUCUCCCUCCGAGACAGCCGAACUUAAACAGGGGAUUUGACCAGCAAGGUCUUAACCCAACAACUCUGAAAGCCAUCGGGCAGGCCCCCCCAAAUCUAACUCUACCAGGCAACAACAACAAUGGCAUUGCAGGUGGAAAUACCACUAAUAAUAAUCAGCAGGCUUUCUCUGCUGGCACUGGUGCAGGGGCUGCAGCUGCAAAACAGGAUAAACAGCCUGGAGGGCAAGGCAAGAGGGCAAGUCCAAGCAAUAGUCGGAGGUCAAGCCCAGCCUCUAGCCGCAAGUCAGCCACCCCAAGUCCAGGAAGACAAAAGGCGACAAAAAUGGCUAUCACUUGCCCUCCCCACCAGCAGCAGUUGGUCAACCCUCAGGGGCAAACAAUGAUGCUGAGCCCUACCUCAGUACCUCCAAGUCCAGUAUCUAUGCCUUCACAAGUAAGUGUGGGCAUGGAGGCCCAACAGACCCAGAGCACCCUCCAUGGGAUUCAAGGUAACCCUCCUGAUGGAGUCAGGGAAAGUCAGGGAAUGCUGACAGCAGAGCAGCGGCAGAUGCCCCAACCUCAACCCCAGCCACAACCUUUGAGGGAGUUAUCAGCUCCCAGAAUGGCAAGUCCUCGUCUACCCGUGCCACAGCAGCCUAAACCUGACACGGAGCUGCAGGCUGGCACAGAGGAUAGGCAACCAACACAGCUAGCACCUGUGCAGGAGUCUGAGGUCUCACCUGCUGUCAGAGCACCGCCAACCUCCCUCAACCAGUUACUGGAUAACACAGGUGUUCCAAACAUGCCUCUUCGCCCCAUACAGAGUAGUACUGUUAGGAAUGUCAUGGGAAAGGACAGUCCCAAGUCUGCUUUGGAUUCAGACAGACCAGUUCACAAUAACUCUCAGAGUACAGAUGUAUCAGCGCCAGUCGCUACUACUGCCACUAUAAGUGAAACACAAACUAAACCCAAACCUGCUGUCCCAGUCCCUACCAGCAGUCCUAACUUGCAGCUUGCUUCAACUCCCAGCUCACAGCCUCCCACUAACUUGAACUCAAAUACUACUCCCAGUCUUAACCAAAACCCCAUCUCCAGUCUGGGUGUGAAUCCAACUCCAAAUGUAAAUCCAUCACCUACUCUUGGCAGCACUGUCAGUACUAACACUAUUGCCACCCCAAGUGUAAACCCCAACCCAAUCACUUCUGGACAGAACAGUUCUGCUUCAACCAUGAGUACCAUUUCUAACUCCAGCUCUGCUGUAAACCCAGCCAAUUCGACUGUAAAAGCAAGCCCUAGUCCUAAACCAGUGACAAAUGUUCAUUCAGUGAUCCAGAUCCCUGCCUCUUCCAGCACCAUUUCACCCAACCAGAUCACUGUGUUUGUCACCUCCAACCCCAUCACUUCUGCCCCAACUCCACAGGCACCCACAUCUAUGGUUUCCACCAUGGUGGCUGUCCCUAACAAGAACAUUAGACCUCAGGACAUCCGGCAGCAGAGCCCUGCCCCUCGGCCUCAGUUCAUCACCACCACCCCCGUAUUUAUCAACCCAAUUUUUCAAGUCCCAGGUACAUCUGUGGCUCCCAAUACAACAGUGGUAUCACAGGCAGUCACUAUGGUUGGAUCUAUUCAAGUGUCCACUACAAACAUCCAACUAUCUCCUACACCAAGCUCCAUCCAGUCCUCAGUGGCUACCAUGGCCAGCACCCAGGCUGCCAGGAGUACUGUUGGACAGGUCCAGAUUGCUACGACUAUGUCCUCGUCAGCCCCAGUUGGUACUCCCCUUAAUCCUCAGCAGAUAAACCCGGGGGCUGUUAAAACUGAAAAUCCUGGUGAGGCAGGUUCUACUCAGAAAUCUGCUCUCCCAGUUCGGCAGCCAUCUCCACAUCCAAGCCCUUCAGCAGCACCUCCCUUUCAAGCACCUCUUGCUUCUCCUCCCUGCUCUAGUCCUGGAGCUGUUACCACCAUGCGAAAAAGCCCCAUGUCUCCAUCUCUCACUGCCCAGGGGAAAAAUAAGCCUGCACAGCCUGCUGCUGCAGUUUCUGGUACAGCGGACUCCCAGCAAAGCCCCAUAGAAAGGCCUGCACAGAGUCAUACAGGACCUGUACUGCCACAGACCUUUAAUCCUCCUGCAAGUACAGCUAUUCAGAUUGAAGCACAAGCUCCCCACACUUCUAUUGUUGCUCCAAGCAACAUUACUCAGCCUGUAGUCUCCUCUCCAGUUGCAGUCUCAGGCCAAGUUACUGCUGCCACUCAGAUUCUUGGCCAGGCUCCAGUGAUUGCACCAGCUUCUGUCUCAAGCCCAGCACAGGCGGCAAUGUCUCAAGCACCUGUUGUCACUGUAGUCGAUACUACCACUGGUGUCUCUUCUUCUACCUUGCUUUCCACGGCCACUCCUGUACAAAGUCCUGUACCUUCCAUUGUUCCAAUUGUUGCUGCACCUAGACCUGCUCAGGACGCUCCCCUCACCACAUCCUCUCCAGCUGCUAACCCCAGUGGAGUUUCACCAGGACAGUCUGAGCCCCCAACUGUGGAGCAAUCCAUGCAACCAGCUAAAGCACCUGCUGAAAGCACUCAGCCCACCACAGCACCUAUUCAGCAAGAAGUACCACAGUCCCAGGAACCUGUUGCCACUGAGAAGACGAGUGAAGACGUCCCAACAGGUUCUGAGCAGGGAUGGGCAAAGAAAAGAAAGACGCCCAUCAACUUAGUCCCAAGAGCUGCUGUGGAGAAGCCCAAAGGGCCAAGCAGACGAAGCUCCCGGGCAGAGAAAGAGGUAGAGGAGGAGCCAGUGGCGGACAGCGGCAUCAGGAAGAGAUCGGCCAGGCCUGGAACCAGUGCUGCUGUAAAAGAAACUGGAGCGAGCCCCACCCAGGCCAAACGAAGGAAGUCUAAAUAGGCACCACUGCAGUCGUGGUAACCUGUGAACUGUACUGUAAAUGUUUUGUUUCCCUGCUGUGAAUCAGUUGAUAUUGGUUUCUCUAACCCAGAUUAUGAAUUUGUACUGGAAAAAAGAAAUCAUGUACAGCUUGUGGUCAAAAGAAUUAUGCUCUCGUUUAUCCAUGCUAUUAUGUGAGAUUGUAGCUAGAAUGUGUGCAUACAGUUUGUGUGGAUGUGCUUUUUAUAUUAAAUGCUGGAUUAAUCAUGUGAAGACUGAUAAUGGAGCUUGUCAUUAUUGUAUAAUUAUGUUGUAAAACUGAAUUAAAUUUUCUACUGCUUUCCUUCUGUGAAA